ACAAAAGUAUUUAUAUUUCAUCACUAUUUAUUUAUAUUUAAUUUUUUUUUUAACUCGAAUCACAUUGGUCAAUUAUAACCAAAAAAAAAAUAAUUAUAAAUAAACAGACAUUUAAAAUUACACAAACACACAUUAUCAUAAAUUUUUUUUUUAUUUUUAUCAACUUACCUAAGUUGUUUUUAUGAUAAAUAACAGUGAGAUUUUUAUGUCAAUAAAAUAAAUCAUUUACAUAUUGACUAUCAAUGAUUAAAAUCACACAGAAAUUUUGUUAAAUUAAUAAAAAAAUUAUCAAGGGAUGAUGCUUACGCGAUAUGAUGAUAAAAGUAUAUUUUUUAGUGUAAAUAAAUAAAAGAAAAUAGGUAAAAAUUUGAUUUUGUUAUAUCAACAGAUAAAAGAUAUGUUUGGAAAUAAAUUGUAUAUGUAUAUAGAUGAAUUAAAAUUACAUCAAUCACUAAAUUUGUAUGUAAGACUGACAGGAAUCAGCUGUUAAAAACACAAAGAACAUUAGAAGCGUGAUUUUAGACGUUCAGUUAAUUUCACAUUAGAACUUUUGUUUUUUUUUUUUUUUAUAUUUGCCGUGAGUUGUGCACACCAUCAUUGCAAAAUACUGAAAGUUUGAUCUUUUUGUUGAAUAAAAAAAUAAACACAGUGAUGAGUAAAUUGAUUAUUAGAUUAUUUAAAUGUUUAGAAAUGAAAAACAUGUAUUAAUUAAGUGAAAAUAGUGCAACUGUGUGAAAAAAAUUAGUUUUCUUUUUUGUAUUUAUGAAUAAUUAUUAAUGAUAUUUUUUUGUUAAUGAUAUAUUGUACUUACAUGUAGACUAUUGCAGACUAUUGAUUGAACAAAAAAUAAUCAGCUGUUGUUUAACUCUACUUAUGAUUACAAUAAACUAAGUUAAGUUAAAAUAAAAAUCGACAACUUAAUUAAACGUGGUCUAACUUAAUAAAAAUCAACAACUUCAAUAAAACGUGGUCUAACUGGUUCUAUGUAACAUGCACAACAUGCACGACUCGAUGAAAGGGGGGUGUACACUGGACUGGGAAAACGAACAAAAAAAAUGUGCCGAGCACUAGCGCCUUGAACGGAAUAGUGGCCGAAUAUGAAAAUAACAUGGAAUUUUUUUUCUGAUUAAAUACGAGUUUUGCCGAAGUCUAUUGUUGACAUUAAACUGCGGAAAAAAAUAAAAAAAGUGUGAAAAAUAAAAAAUAACACACACGUGCAUUUAUUGUACAUGAUAAAAAAAAUUAAUGCUUAUCUAUGUGAUAUCAUAGCUAAAAAUAAAUUUCAAUUACCUCGAAAAUAGAUAAAAUUUAAAAUAAUAAUUUUAUAAUUUUAAUAAUUAAUUCUUAGAAUAUAUUGCAUUUUUAUUUUUUUAAUUGUAUAAUUUUUUUUUAAAUAAUUAUUAAUAAUAGUCGAAAAUUGUUUGAUAAUUUUGAUUUUUUAAAUUUAGUAAAAUUAUAAUUUUAAAAAAGUACAAAAUGGCAUUACCAAGUCUAAAAGACUAUUCACUUCUUGAAAAAAUUGGUACAGGAAGUUACGCCACUGUCUACAAAGCCUAUAAAAAGAAUGAUCAUCAAAAAUUACUUGCAAUUAAGUGUGUUGAAAGUGCAACAUUAUCAAAAUCAGCAAUCGAUAAUAUUAUUACAGAAAUUAAUCUUUUGAAAGUACUAAAUCAUAAGCAUAUUGUCGAGAUGAAAGACUUUUUUUGGGACGAUGGACGUAUUUAUAUUGUCAUGGAAUAUUGUGACGGUGGUGAUUUAUCAAAUUUCAUUAAAAAACAAAAUAAAUUACCAGAAUUGGUUUGUCGUAAAUUUUUACAGCAGCUUGCACUUGCAUUGCAAUACUUGCAUUCUCACAAUGUCUGCCAUAUGGAUCUUAAGCCUCAAAAUUUACUAUUAAUUAGAAAACCCACAUUAACACUUAAAGUUGGAGAUUUUGGCUUUGCUCAGUAUCUUUUACCUUCGGAAAAUAAAUUUUCCAUUCGUGGAUCACCACUUUACAUGGCACCAGAAAUUUUAUUGAAACACAAAUACGAUGCAAGAGUUGAUCUAUGGAGUGUAGGAGUUAUUAUGUAUGAAUGCCUUUUUGGAAAAGCACCAUACUCAAGUACUAGCUUUCAAGAAUUGGCUGAUAAAAUAAAAAGUUGUAAAUUCAUUGAGAUACCCAAAGGCAAUCAUGUAUCAAAUGAAUGUAAAGAUUUACUUUUGUCUCUUUUGAAACACGAUCCAAAUGCGCGAAUUACUUUUGAUGAAUUUUUCGCACACGAUUUUUUGGAUCUUGAACAUGCACCAACUAGUGAAAAUUUUCAAAAAGCUGCAGAACUUGCACAGCGCGCUGUCAAGCUUGAUAUGGAAAAAAAAAUUCAAGAAGCGUUUCAUAUUUAUUGCGAGUCCCUUCGAUAUUUCAUACCUCUAUUAACAAAUGAAUCUGAUCCACAACGAAAAAAGAGCCUUAGAUUGAGAGUCAAUGAGUACAUUAAUCGAGCAGAAAAAUUGAAGCAAAUGUCCAUUGCCAAACAAAAGUCUGAUGAAGCAGUGAAAAGUUUACAAAUUGAUGAUAAAGAAAAACAACUGCUUGCUCUACAUAAGACUACUUCAUUGGAUCAAAGUUCAUCAUUUACAUAUCAAGAGCUACGGGUGCUCAGUAAAAGUACACCAGAUAUGUCAGCUGCACUUGAAAUGGGAGAAGUAGCUGAGCAAUAUUUUGCCGAAGGGAAUUAUGCUCUUGCCUUAGAAAAAUUUAAAUCUUGUCUGGGAGUGCUCGUGCGAGUUCUUACAAAAGAACCAUCUGGCAGAAGACGAGAUAUUUUACAUCAACAGAUUCAAAUUUGGAUGAAGCAAGCAGAAAGUACAAAGGGUCUUUUAGCGACUGGUGAAAUUAAUGAAAAUACAAACCGAUCUUCAACAGCGCAGGAUCAAUGCGUCAUUCAAUAAAAUCCCAACUCUUAAAAAUUAAAUUAAUAGGAAAUUAUUUUCUGUGAUUAUAAACAAUUUUAAUCAUAAUAAAUUAUUUUUUUGAAAGCAA